CCAGCCCAUAGUUCAGACGGCCCAAAUGACGGGAGGUGUGACGGCCUAGCCCAUCUCUGGAAAGGGAAGUAUCCGUGUUCUUUUCUUUUUUCGCCUGAAAACAUCUGUACUUUCCUCCUCCUUUCCCAAACAAAACAAAACAAAAACUACAUACAUAGUUCUGGGUGUUCGAAGGAAACGAGUAGAGCUCACAAAUGGAGUCAGUUUCGGAGAAAGAGAAGAAGCAAUCUGAUAACACUACCACCGCCACCGAUAAUGCCAAUGCUCCUCAAUCGCUUCAGGACUCCUCUGUCGCCGCCGCUGAUAACUUCAGCAGUACGGACUCUCAAGAGUUUCGUGAACGCGUGAAUCGCGACCUCAAAGCUGGCCUCCACCCCCUCAGGCAAAAGUUUAUAUUUUGGUACACUCGUCGGACACCUGGAGUCAGGAACCAAUCAUAUGAAGACAAUAUUAAAAGAAUUGUGGAAUUCAGCACGGUUGAAGGUUUUUGGUUUGCUUAUUGCCACUUGGCCCGUCCCUCUUCUUUGCCAAGCCCAACGGACUUGCAUCUUUUCAAGGAGGGCAUUCGACCUUUAUGGGAGGACUCUGCUAACUGUAAUGGAGGCAAGUGGAUACUACGUUUCAAAAAAGUUGUAUCAGGCCGUUUCUGGGAGGAUUUGGUCCUUGCAUUGAUAGGUGAUCAACUCGAUUAUGGAGAUAACAUAUGUGGAGCAGUGUUGAGCAUUCGUUUCAAUGAGGAUAUAUUAAGUGUCUGGAAUAGAGAUGCAUCUGAUCACCAGGCUGUGAUGGCUUUAAGAGAUUCAAUCAAGCGACAUUUGAAGCUUCCACACGGAUAUGUAAUGGAAUACAAGCCCCAUGACGCUUCAUUGCGUGAUAACUCAUCCUACAGAAACGCAUGGCUGAGAGGAUAAGAAGUUGGCAGCCAGAUUAUCUUUAAAAGGUUCUGAGUCCUAGUUUCGGAUUAUCACUUACUACCUUGACAUUAUAUAUAAACAACUUUAUGGGAAUGUGUUUGUACUGAAAGUCACUAAUGAUCAAUCAAAUGAAUUCAAUUACUACUUUCAGCUUAAAACCCAACAAUAUAAUAUGUGCUAGAAGUAAAACACACGUUGUCCAACAAUUACUAUGUAAAAAAGUUAAAAUGACAUAUACUAGUGCUGCUUAAAAUAGCUCGAUAGAUUUUUAUUGUUAGAA